UCAUUUCAACAAAGUAAUAAUGUUACAAUAUAUUUUGUUGUUACUAAUAUUAGUUUCAAAUACAAAAGGUUACACCAAUGUUUUGUUCACAAUAUCGGAACAGAAGGAGUCUAAUUCGAGCAACACAGAUUGCUAUGAAUAUCAAGAACCUAAUGUGACUAUGACAAAUAAGAAGUCGAAAAUAUACGAGGAGGCAACGACUUUGAGCUAUUCUGUCGAAAAUGAUCCAAUGGUGAUGUUUCAAGAUAUCUUGAAUAAAUAUAUAUAUGGCCCACCGCCUAAGAAUCAAAUAGACAAAAAGAAAACCCGUUUGAUUGGAUACAAGAACAAGAGCAUCCCGUAUCAGUAUCCAACAGGACAUGUGCUGCGUGCAGAGCUAUACCAGAACAAGAGCGGCGUGCACCUCCCCAUGUCGGAGUACAUGUAUCGCGGACGCUGUCGCCUCAACGUGACCAACGACUUUAUGCAGACAGCCAUCGACGCGUUCGCCAUCUUCCUGGAGGGCGAUCUUAAUGACAUUUUAAGACUACCGCCAACUUAUGUGCUGCAUUCUGCUAGAACCAUCGCGAUGAUGAACAUAGCUCGGGAAAAACUAGCAGCAACCUGGACCGUGGUCAAAGAAAACAAACCGAACGAAGAGAUUACGAUACAGACUUUAGAGCUGUAUCGACCUUUAUUCAAAUACCUUAACGGAAAGGAGAUAGCUAAGCUUAACUUGACCGACAAUCGAAUCUUGAUUUAUAUAGGAACACAUGCCGAUUUGAACAGGCACCAAGUAGGCGUUGUUGCAAGUAAAUACAUAAAGCUCAACCGACAUUGGUCCGAGCCGAAGUAUCUAAAUUUGAUGAAUAACUUGCUGUGCGGAGUUCCGAUGACAUAUAUGCGAAGACUACCUGAGAAUACUUACCUACAACUUACACAUCAGCUAUUUUAUCACAUACGCGCUUGUGAUCCUCUUCAGCGGCGGUUUUAUUUGGCAAUGAUGACAAAAAGUCAGGCGCUUGGCAAGUCGUACAGUUGGAACGCGCGUGACGUAUCGCGCUUGGGUCUUCUUCUGGCUGAAGUGGACGGACCUGACUUAAGUGUUAUUAAUCCAGAAGCAAUAGCCGGGAUAACUGCACACGUAAUGCAGAUAAUGAACGCGCAAAAUUUACGUUAUUUCACUGACUUGCAACUAAAGUAUAUGGGACAGAAACCCUUAAACAUACUUACUGGUAAACUGAAGCAUUAUAAGGAUGGAAUGAAAAUCAACAACUCUAAAUUAAAGCUCAAGUCCGCCAUUACGUUGCCAUUUGUUUUCUUAUUUUUAAUAUGUAAAUAACUAAGAUACUAGAAAGAUAAAAAUAAAAAAAUAAAACUACA